UCAGGCGGCGUCGAAACCGGUGCCGGUCGCCUGCGUGUUGGACUGGCUGUUCGCAGCCAGGUUGGUGGUGCGGGGAGCUGCGGUGAAUUUGGUGCAGGUGGAAGUACCUAGUGUGACAGACAGGCUGGAUUUACGCUGGAAAGGACUCGUCGUGCACUUGUGUAAAUAUUGCGGCACGGUUACCGCCAAAAUCCCAGCUAACUACCGGUCCGCUUUUACGCUUGUGAGAUCCCUUCCGAUGAUCUGAUCGCUGGGAGCUCACCUGUUGGAACUCCUGCAAGAUAGGUAUCCUGAAAGGCCUGCACCAUGUUCAAGUUCAUGCGCGGGAAACAGCAUCCGGUGCCGGCGGAGCGGCUGCGCCAGCAGAAGGAACUCUUCCGAUACGCCAAGACGGUGCAGCACGGCUUCCCGAGCAAGCCGUCGGCGCUGGCGUACGACCCUGCGCUCAGCCUGAUCGCGGUCGGCACCAAAGCCGGCGUCGUCAACGUAUACGGCCAGCCGGGCGUGGAGUUCUACGGCCAGCACAAGAACACCGACUCGGCCGUCCGCCAGAUCGUCUUCCUCCCCAACCAGCGGCGGCCGCAGGCCUGGUCUAAGCACAGCGUGUACCGCCCCCUGGUGCAAGGCCGCCUGGUGACCCACUGUGACGACAAUUCGCUGCACCUAUGGGAGAUCAACUUCAAGGCGGGCGCCUCCGCCAUGGAGGAGGUGCGCUCGCUCACCAUGGAGGGCAAACUGAAGACCAUCUCCACCUGCUGCCUGGAGGCGACGGCCGAGCACCUGCUGGUGGGCACCGAGGGCGGCAACAUCUACCUGCUGCAGCUGGCCUCCUUCACGCUUACCGACAACAUCAUCUACCAGGACGUCGUCAUGCAAAACGUGCCGGACGACUACAAGGUGACGCCGGGCGCGGUGGAAUGUAUCCGCCAGCACCCGACGUUCGCCGACAAGAUCCUGGUCGGCUACAACCGCGGCCUGAUGGUGGUCUGGGACCGUAAGCAGCUCAACGCUGAGCGUGUAGGUAUCUGGGACAGGAAGAUGGUCCACGGCGAUCAGACGUACGUGUGCAACCAGUCGCUGGAGACCGUGUGCUGGUCGAGGGACGGCGCCGAGUUCAUGUCGGCGCACAACGACGGCAGCUUCAUCAUCUGGAACGCGCGCAAGCUGAGCAAGCCGGACGGACCGCACACGCCGUACGGCCCGUUCCCCUGCAAGAGCAUGACGCGCGUGUGCUGGGUCACCGGCGACAGCGGCGACUGGGUGGUGUUCAGCGGCGGCAUGCCGCGCGCCAGCUACGGAGACAAGCACACGGUGUCCGUGCUGAAGCGCGACGCCCAGCGCGAGGAGGAGAAGCACGUGGCGUUCGACUUCACCUCGGCCGUCGUCGACUUCGUGCUGCUCGGCGGCGAGGGCCCUGAGGCGGCCUCGCAGAGCCCGCACACGCUGCUGGUGCUGGCCGAGGAGGAGCUGGUGGCGAUCGACCUCAGUUCCGAGGGCUGGCCCACCCACCAGCUGCCCUACCUCAACAGCCUGCACAGCAGCGCCAUCACCACCUCCUGCUACGUCACCGACUGCGGUGCCGACGCCUACCGCCGCCUGCUGGCCGCCGGCGAGAGGCAGCGGCAGCCCGCCUCGCAGAAGCCGUGGCCGGUGACGGGGGGCGAGCCGGUGGGCGCGUCGGCCGCCAGCCGCGACCUGCUGCUGACCGGUCAUGAGGACGGCUCCGUCGGCGUCUGGGCCGCUGGCGACGUCUCGCUGCGGCCCAUCUACAGGCUUACCACGUCCCGGCUGUUCAGCGAGGAGGAGGACGACCGGGACGCGCGCGAGCGCGAGUCGGACGAGGACUUCCCGCCGCUGCGCUCCGUCGGCCUGUUCGACCCGUACAGCGACGACCCGCGACUGGCGGUCAAGAAGGUGGCCUUCUGCCGCGAGACGGCGGCGCUGGUGGUGGCGGGCACCGCCGGACAGGUCGUCGUCUGGCGUCUGGCCGACGACGAGCAGCAGGGCUAUAAAGUACAGCCGGUGCUGGUGGACCUGGUGGCCGAGCAGGACGGCUUCGCGUGGAAGGGACACGACCGGCUGCCGGCGCGGCCCGAGCCGCUGACGCUGGCCGCCGGCUACCAGCCGUGCAGCGUGAUCCAGCUGCAGCCGCCGGCGGCGGUAUCGGCGCUGAGUCUGCAGGACUCGUGGGGCCUGCUGGCCGCCGGCACCGGGCAUGGCUUCGUCCUCUUCAACUACGUGCAGAACAAACCGGUCAUGCACAAGUGCACCCUGAAUCCCAACGACUACGCCGCGUCGGGGGAGUCGCCGAUGACGCGCGGCAAGUCGCUGAAGAAGUCGCUGCGCGAGUCGUUCCGCCGCCUGCGGAAGGGGCGCAGCCAGCGGGCGGCCGGGCCGCGCAAGGCCUCGCCGGCGCCGGCGCCGACGGCCGGCUCCGAGGCGGCCUCGCCCGCCGGCAAGGGGCCGGCGCCGCCGGGAGCCGCCUCCGAGGACGACGUGCGGCCGGUGGAGCGCUCCGUGGAGGCGCGCAGCGAGGACCCGGCCUUCUCCGGCAUGAUCCGCUGCCUCUACCUGGCCACCAGCUACCUGGCGCACGGUCAGCCGCAGAUGCGCACGCUGUGGGCGGGCACCAACAGCGGCGCCAUCUUCGUGUACGCCAUCCACUGUCCGGCGGCCGAGAAGCGUGCCACCGAGGCCGUCACCUGGCAGCCAGGCAAGGAGUUCCGCCUGAAGCACGGCGCGCCGGUGAUCGACAUCCGGAUCGUGGACGCCGGCGGCCGGUCGGUCAGCGGCGCGCCGCCGGAGGAGGCCGCCGCCGGACCCCACAGGGUCGUCAUCGCGUCUGAGGAACAGUUCAAGGUGUUCACACUGCCCACCAUGAGGCCGUACGGCAAGUUCAAGCUGACGGCGCUAGAGGGCAGCAGGGUGCGGCGUAUCGGCUACGCCAGGUUCUGCGCCUCUGCCACGGACGACUCGGCGUACACCGAGUGGUGCCUGAUGUGCAUGACGAACCAGGGCGACCUGAACGUGUUCACGCUGCCGGAGCUGCGCAGGCAGAUGCACGAGGACAGCGUGCGCCGCGAGGAUAUCCAGGGCAUCACAUCGCUGGUGUUCACCGAGCAUGGCGAGGCGCUGUACCUGGCCAGCAGCUCGCUGUACCAGCGGCUGGCGCUGUCCAGCGGCGUGCCGGUGCGGCCCGCGUGCCGGCUCACGCUGCCCGGCGCCGACACCACGGUCGACUCCCACCGCGACUUCCUCAGCGGCGAGCCUGAGGUGGUGGAGAUCUCCAGCGAGGAGGCUGACCGGCUCAUGCACGGCAUGCGUGGACUGGUCAACGGCGUCGGCGGGCAGGAGGAGAAGUCGGUGGAGAACUUCAGCGAGGAGAAGGACGGCAUCAAGAAGUCGCUGCAGAAGUCCAAGGAGACGCAUAUCUCGGCCUCCGAGGACCCGGACAAGAACGUGACGGCCGAGCGGCAGGAGACGGAGCGGCUGCUGACCACCACCGAGUCGACGUCCGACUCCGUCACCACCCGCUCCAAGGAGGAGGUCAAGGUGGUGCGCACCACGCGCAUCACGGCCGGCACCAAGGUGACAGAGAUCGCCACGGAGCUGCCGCCGGCGGCCGGCAAACAUAACGGCGCUUCAGAGCUGGCCUCCCGCCGCCGGCGUCUGCUCGCCCCCGGACCGUCGCAGGUGUUCGCCUCGUCGGAGAAUGAUUACGACAACAUAGACGGCGCCACCGGCGCGCCACUGGCCCGCUCCGAGGACACCGAGACCGACCUGUAG